GCUAAAGCCGAUCCCAGACCUGCAGCCUUAGUAGAACGUCGAUCCUUCGAGCGCAAGCAGACAGAACUCAACGAUCGCAGAUAAACAGUCGCGCAAGGAAGGAAGACGGACGUGCGGGCGAAGGCGCGCCGUUGUAUCGCAAUUCAGCGCUGUUCUUUCGCAUCAAAACGCGUUUAUGCCUGCCAAUUCAAGCCUUGUAGAUCCUUCCUGCCUAUGUGGGACCGUUCCCGACAAUUUGCGUUAAAAUUCGCCCGAGAAGUUUUAACCCAUUUACUGAUGGACUGACAGACGGAUUCUCAUCGGACGACGCAAUCUAACGUACAGAAUUCAACACUCACCUCUUUAUUUUCCUUAAGAGACACCCUGUGUUACCCCCCAGGAGGGCUUUAGAGCGGACAAUUAAGACAUGCAGACGUGUGAAGAGCGCUGACUGUGGCUCUCUGCAGAAACAUGGAGCCUUGUGCCGAGUCUCAGGCUGAUCCGGACAGAGCUCAGUUGCCUUAAUGCCCAGUGACGAUGCGGCUUUUCUGACCCCGGCCAAAAUGAGUCAGAAAGGGAAGGAGGCGGGGCUACACACGCCCAAUAAAGACCAGCUUACAAGCCCCUCCCUCAGCCCGGGCAUCAGCUAUUCCCACGGUUUUGACCGUGGCAAAGAGGAAAUCCUGCCUCUGAAAGAAGACUCCACACACUCCAUAUCCAAGAGCAAGUCAGAAACCAAGCUCUAUAAUGGCUCAGAUAAAGACGUGUCUGUGUCUGGAAACAAACUUACCAAGAAGGAGUCACUGAAGGUGCAGAAGAAGAACUACAGGGAGGAGAAGAAACGGGCCACUAAAGAGCUGCUCAGCACCAUCACUGACCCCUCCGUCAUUGUUAUGGCCGACUGGCUCAAGAUCCGUGGCACGCUGAAGAGCUGGACAAAGCUGUGGUGCGUGCUGAAGCCUGGCGUCCUGCUCAUCUACAAGACCAAUAAGAACGGACAGUGGGUUGGGACGGUCCUGCUGAACGCCUGUGAGCUCAUCGAGAGGCCGUCCAAGAAGGAUGGCUUCUGCUUUAAGCUUUUUCAUCCACUGGAACAGUCCAUCUGGGCCGUCAAGGUCGGUGUUGGAUGGACGCACUUGAGCUGGCUCUGAAAUGCUCCAGUUUGCUGAAGAGGACGAUGAUCAGAGAAGGGAAAGAGGAUCCGCCGCAGACAGCAGAGCAUUCACACAUCAACUUCUACAGUCUGCUGCGCGCGCACAACAUGCAGGGCUUUCAGUUCAAUGACAGCGACCAGUUUAAGGAUCCUGACCUGUACUCGGACAAGUCGGACCGGGAGAACGAGCCGGAGCAGGAGGAGUGGGAGAACGAGGUGAUGGAGAAAAGCGAAGAGAGCGACAGCGACACGUCAGAGCGACAGGAAGACUCGUACAUCGACCUGGAUCCCAACGAGACGCUGCGAGAAACCAUGUACAUCGAGCAGAGCCACGAGGAGCUCGGAGAGGCCGGUGAAGCAUCUCAAACAGAGACGGUUUCAGAAGAGAAUAAAUCUCUGAUCUGGACUCUGCUGAAGCAGGUUCGACCUGGGAUGGACCUGUCGAAAGUGGUGCUGCCAACUUUCAUCCUGGAGCCUCGAUCAUUCCUGGACAAACUCUCCGAUUAUUACUAUCACGCAGACUUCCUGUCUGAAGCGGCGGUGGAGGAAAACGCCUAUAACCGAAUGAAGAAAGUGGUCAAAUGGUACAUUUCUGGAUUCUACAAGAAGCCAAAGGGUUUGAAGAAGCCGUACAACCCCAUUAUUGGAGAAAUGUAUCGCUGUUUAUGGAUCCACAGCAGGACCAACAGCAAAACCUUCUACAUCGCAGAGCAGGUAUCCCAUCAUCCUCCAGUUUCAGCAUUUUACGUCAGUAACAGGAAGGAUGGCUUUUGUCUCAGCGGCAGCAUCUUGGCCAAGUCAAAGUUUUAUGGAAACUCUCUGUCGGCCAUCUUGGAUGGUGAAGCGAGACUGACGUUUCUAAACCGAGGGGAAGACUAUGUGAUGAACAUGCCGUACGCUCACUGCAAAGGGCACAAAAGCAAACACAGCAGCCGCCACAGGAAGAAAGGAACCGAUCUGAGCGAAAUCCAAAGUGCCAUUGAGUCCAUCCGGCAAACCCAGGAGGACAUUAACAGGAGCGUCAGUGCGCUGAGGAGUCGCAUGGCCAGUCAGACGUCGACGGAAAGUUCGUUUCUGACGCACCGAGACAUCGCCAUCAUCCUCUUCCUCAUCUUCCUCCAGGUCCUGCUCAACUUCAUCUUCAAGUAACGCCACAAGCAUUCAGUAUCAGCUCACGACACACUGACGUUUCAUUCGCCACGUUUUUAUCAAUUCGUGUUGUGAGCGCUGGGAAAAGGAUGGCAAUACGGUUGAAGUGCAUUGUGGGAUGUUUUUCGAAAUGACUGUUUACUUUUUGUCCUUCAAAAAGAGGAGUUAUCAUCAGCCUCCAAAUGUUGUUUUAAUUUAUUGGAGUAAUAUUUUUAACAAUGUUUUUACAUCGGCGCCCCCUGCUGUGGCGGAGGAUGCUAGUCGAUAUACAAACGGGAAAUCUCUAGGUCAUAUUUUGAUUGAAGAUAUGCAUUUUAUUGCCUGUUUUUUUAGAGUUAUGAUAUUAUUUUCAUGACCAAUAAGCACAUUUCAACCCCGAUUCUCAUUGUGUGGACUGCAAAAAAAGAAGAAACUCUUGUUACUAUAAUCUACAACGUAUGCUGUAUUAUUAGUAUUUGUGAUAGUAUUCAUAUUACUGCCUUUACUGUCUUAAUGCAUUUUUUUUUGUUUAUAGGAUGUAAAAAUGUGAAAAAUGUAAAAGAAUAAUUAGCAAGAAUUGCCCAAAUUUUAAACUUUAAGAGCGCCCCCUGCUGUAGUGGAGGAAACCACGUAGUCAAUUCACAAACUACGCUAGUAUCACAAAAAUAUUGCAUUAUUUUAACUCAAAUUGUAAAUGCAAAGAGUGCCCCCUGUUGUAAUGGAGGACAGCAGUCAGUCUAACAGACUAAAAAAAAUGUAGGUCAUAUUUUACCCUAAAAUCAUGAGAAAAUACAGUAAUAUGCAAAAAAUCUUAAUCUUAUAAUAUGUUGUGUUAUAUUAUUAUAUUAAUAUACAUAUAAGCACAUUUCAAGCGAUAUUCUCAUUCCUGAAGUGCAGAAAAACUCAUUUAUUUAAACUUUAAUCCCAACAAAAUGAGGCAAAAGUGAAAUUAGGACCUCGAAUUUCAUUCGUAUACUGAGUUGUAAUAAAAUCUGAGAUGUUCAAUAAUAAUGCUUAAUAUUUCCUUUAAAAUAAGGCAAAGAUAAAAUUAGCUGCACUUUUAUUUUGUAUACUGAUAUAAAAUUAAAUCUGAGAUGCACAAUGAUAAGAAGAAUUUGGAAAGGAUAAAUAUUUCCUUCAAAAUAGAGUGAAAUUAGUGCCUCCUUAAAUUUGUGUAUAGAUAUAUAAUACAUCUGAGGUGCACAAUAAUAAGAAGAAGAAUUUGGAAAUGAUAUAUACUUCUUUCAUAAAACAGUGAAAAUAGUGCCGCCAUUAAUUCGUAUACUGAUAUAUAAUUAAAUAUGAGAUGCUCAACAUUAAUGAGAAUUUGAAAAUUACAAAUAUUUCUAAAAAUAUUAAAUUAGUGUGACCUUUAAUUUGUGCAUGGAUAUUAAAGAAAAUCUGAGAUGCAAUAUAAUAACACGAAUUUGGAAAUUAUAAAUGUUUUCUUCAGUAUUAGAUGAACUUAGUGCCGCCUCAUUCGUAUAAGGAUAUAAAAUUAAAUCUGAGAUGCACAGUAAUGAUACGAAUUUGGAAAUGAUGAAUAUUUCUUUAAAUAAUAAGGGGUGAAAUUUAAAUAAAAUAUUGUACAUGGAUAUAUAAUAUGUCUGAGAUGCACAAUAAUUAUAAUAAGAAUUUUAAAAUUUCCUUCGAAAUAAGAUGAAAGUGAAAUUAGUGCCUCGUAUUUAAUUCAUAUACUGAUAUAUAAUAAAUAUGAGUUGCACAAUAAUAACAAGAUAUUGGAAAUUAUUUGAAAUUAGUGUCACUUUUAGAUAUACAAUUAAAUCUGAGAUGCAAAAUAAUUAACAGUGUUUGGAAAUGCUGAAUAUUUCCUUCAAAAUAAGGUGAAAGUGAAAAUAAUGCCGCCAUUAAUUCGUAUAUUGACAUAUAAUUAAAUAUGAGAUGCUCAACAAUAACGAGAAUUUGGAAAUUACAAAUAUUUCUUUCAUAAUAAGGGGUGAAAGUGGAAUUAGUGUCACCUUUAAUUUGUGUACGAAUAUAAAUAAAUCUGACAUGCACAACAGUGAUGAGAAUUUGGAAAUGCUAAAUAUUUUUGAUGAAUAGUAACGGGAGAUUGGAAAUGCUAAAUAUUUAAACAAAUGUUUUUGACUUAUAAAAAUAUGACCUAGACAUUUUUUUUUGUUCAAACGAAAAACAUUUAAAGGAAAAAAUCGAAGGUUCAAUUUUCUUGCUGUUACUGGAUAUUUGACAGCAGAUUUAUGAAGGAUUAUUUUGCCACACGAGGUCAAACUUUGUAUUAUUUAAAAAACAAAGCAAACAACGGGAACAAUUUCACUUGAAAUCUUAACUUUAAACAGCACAGUAUGUGGAUCCUGCAUUUCAUACGCUCGCGGCUUGCAUUUUGAAGGAAAGAGAAAUCUUAAUUUAUUAUAUUAGUAUGUACAGUAAAGCGAGCGAGCGUCCGGUUUAAUAUUUACUCUCUCUCUCUUGAGGAAAAGCGUAGAUGUAGUGAAACUGUAGCAGGAAAUUAACACUGUCGUCUCGUCCGCCACUGUUGCGAAUUAAAAAGCCAAAUAGUCUGCGAGUAGAUUAGCGUGAUUAGCGUCAACCUCUGUACAUAUGAAGAACCGGUGUGUGUUUUUUGUUUUUGUACCAGAGAAGAGCGUCACCCAUCUGCCCACGUGUCUGAAUGUGUGCUAAAAAAUAAUAACUUAAUUAAAAUACAAAAAACCACGUGCCUUUACCAGCGGGAAUGCGGAGUUUUGUCUGGAGUGAAUGUGCCAUACUGAAUAUCUGCUCUCACUGUGAGUCCUACAUUCUUUUCGUCCUGGAGCUCAAAGCUGCCAUUAUUCUCUUUUCUUUUCUUUUCUUUUCUUUUUUAUUAUUAUUAUGAUUAUU